AUGAGUGCGGGCGGGGUGCCUGUUCGUGUCCUGGCGGUCUUGGACCCUUCGGCCCCUCAUGAGUUUGUCGAACCGACCAAAAGAAUCAAUGAGUCGCAAGAUGUCCCGGCCUUUUUGACCUCUAAAGCAUACUCGGAUAUCAUGACCUUUGUCCUGCAGCUAAAUCGAGCAAUGUUCCCCACGAAGCUCCCGGAUGGUUCCAUGCAAAGUUGGCCGUUGGAGUCGGAGGCUGUUCAAUUCUCUGCCCCGAUCCGCCAACUACAAGUCCUGCUAUCAAAGGUCGAAGAUAUAGUGCAGGAGGUCCCGCCUGACAGUGGGCCUCGGAGAUUCGGAAAUAUCAGCUUUCGAAAAUGGCAUGAGGUCUUGGCGAGUCGAGCACCUGCAAUGCUGAGAGAGUGUUUAUCAGCGGAAUUGUUGGACAGACCUUCAUCUUCGGCUGGCGGAGUGACGGCAGAAGCGGAGCUUGAGGCAUAUUUCCUUGGGAGCUGGGGAAGUGGACAACGACUUGACUAUGGUACAGGUCAUGAAUUGAGCUUUUUGGCAUUUCUAGGUGCGAUCUGGAAAUUGAACGGAUUUCCGCAGUCUGAGUUUGGAGUCGAGGAGAGGGCUCUUGUACUAGGGGUGAUUGAGCCAUACCUUGAGCUUAUAAGGCUGUUGAUCAAGACCUAUACCCUUGAGCCAGCGGGCUCACACGGCGUGUGGGGCCUCGAUGACCAUUCGUUCGUUCCAUACAUAUUUGGCUCUGCUCAACUGUCGCCCGCGAUUGAUUAUACGGAUCUCACUCCAGAGGAGGGCUCGGCUCCUGGCGCGCCUGAUCCGAGUCAUGUUGUCAAGCCAGCGAUUGUGGAGCGCGAGAGGCGGCUCAAUCUUUACUUCUCGGCCAUCGGAUUCAUAUACGACGUGAAAAAAGGCCCCUUCUGGGAACACAGUCCAAUGCUCUAUGACAUUUCGGGCAUUCGAGCUGGCUGGGGCAAAAUCAACAAGGGUAUGCUCAAAAUGUACAACGCCGAGGUUUUGAGUAAAUUCCCUGUGGUGCAGCACUUUCCCUUCGGAUCACUUUUCAGCUUUGAUCGCGACCCCAGUGCUGUCGCACCACCAACGACCGUCCACACGACUUCUGGCCCUCAGGGUCGGCCUGUCGCACCGGAUGCCGGCCCACCAACCACUUCAGCUCGGCCCAGUGCUGACGCUAGUACCAGAGCUCCCUGGGCAAACGCGGAAUCUCACACUCCAAGCACGCUGCCGAUGAGAUCAACGGCAGCGCCUUGGGCAGCGGCGCGAUCGACAGGGGUACUCGGUAACAAACCGGUGCUUCCGGACACCUCCCGCCUGCCCCCAGGCCCAAUGGCCCCAACCAGAGCUCCGUGGGCAAAUGCGGGAAAUCCACCCUCAGCACAAAAUCAAGAUGGGCCUACCAGGGCGCCAUGGGCGAAAUAA